UGUAUUUAUUUGCUUAUGUUUCUUUUGAAUUAUAAUUUGCUUACUAAUUGUUUUUUCGCUUUACAGAUUUUCAUGAUAUUCUUCAUCGUGUUAUAUUUGGCAAGUUUUGCGCUAUUAAGAAAAUUUAAAAGAAGAGGUCGAGAAGAUUACUACAGCACAGAUGAAGACGAAAUAAUGGUAUAUCGGAUAAGUACAUGGUUGUGCACAUUUUCCUUAGCCGUAUCCAUUGGAGCUGUUCUUUUACUACCAUUUUCCAUUGUUUCAAAUGAAGUUCUUAUUUUGUAUCCAAAAUCUUAUUACGUAAAAUGGUUGAAUAGUUCACUUAUUCAAGGGUUAUGGAACUAUGUUUUCCUAUUUUCUAAUAUAUCUCUAUUUGUACUUUUACCUUUCGCAUAUUUAUUUAUCGAAUCUGAAGGAUUUUUUGGUCACCGAAAAGGAUUAAUGGCACGAAUUCAAGAAACUGUAAUCGUCCUUGCCCUCUUAGCAACGGCUCUACUCGGGAUCACCUAUGUGAUAUUCUCUUUAGUACAUAAAGAUAAAUCUACUAUUCAAAGUUUGCUUAAUUUAUGGAGUUACCAUUUACCAUUUUUAUAUUCUUGUAUAUCAUUUCUUGGAGUUUUGAUGUUGUUAGUAUGUACGCCAUUAGGUUUUGUGAGAUUGUUUGAUGUAACUGGCAAAUAUCUCAUAAAACCCCAGUUCUUGCAUGAUAUUGACGAAGAAUACCACGCAUACGCUUUAGAAGAGGAAUGUUUAAGAAGGCGUCUCAAACUAUCGCAAGUCAUUGGCAAGUCGUACAUAUAUCCGACACCUAUGUCCAUUACACAUAGGAGAUCGAUUAAUGAUGACAAAUUAUUUAAGUUGAGCAAUGGACAGCUACAAUCUGCUUUGGGUUUGAAGUUAACUGAAAUUGAGGCAAAAAGACGUCUUUUAGAUAAGCAGCGUCAGACUUCAUCAUUUCGAAGAAACUUGUUGUAUCCUAUAUCUGUAAUAUUAUUAAUUGGUCUUACUGCGAUUACCGUAUUUAUGGUUAUUCGAAACACAGUGGAAUUGCUUAUCGGUAUUAAGGCGCUGCCUCUUAGCUCAAGGCAAUUUACACUUGGCAUUACUUCACUAUCAACCCUUGGACCUCUUGGCGCUUUGAUUGAAAUCGUAUUAAUAUUAUACUUAAUUGUGACAUCGUCGAUUGGAUUGUAUUCGUCACCACCAAUGUCAUGGAUUCGACCGCGUGCCAAAAGUACACCGUUCAAUUUAAUUCUUGGAAAUUGCGCACUAAUAUUGAUCCUCAGCUCCGCUCUACCUUUACUUUCGAAGAUUUUAGGAAUCACCAAUUUCGACUUGUUGGGAGAUUUUGGAAGUAUUGAAUGGCUGGGCAAUUUUCAAAUUGUUUUUAUGUACAAUUUAGUGUUUGCCACAGCAACUACUUUGUGCAUUGCCAAUAAUUUUACUGUAAAAGUUCGCAGGGAACUGUACGCACGUUUAGUUGAGAACUAUAUGCUUCUUAGUAAUUAUGUAUCGUUUCUAAAUUAAAUAUAGUUUUCAGUUUAAUGAAAACUGCUACGCAAAUUGCACUUGUAAGACUGAUGUAAUGCAUUAGAACGUUUAAGUUGAUUAUAUUUAUUAUCAUUAGUCAUGUAUAGAGGACUGACUGCAUUGUAUGGGCACCUCCUUUCUUGUAAAAAUUACUGUCGGCUUAAUUGUUUAGAUAAGUAAUACUGACUGACAGAAAAGUUAUAUACUCUAAUUUCUGUGGUAGGACAUUUCCAUACUUGCAGAAUUGAUUUGUGCUUAUAGGUCAUUGAUAAGUCUGAUUAUUAUACUCUUAUUUAUUAAUACUUGCAAAUGAACAAUUCAUUUAAAUAAAUCGUUACGAAAUGCAA